AAGGGGCGAUUAAUCUGUCAUUGGAGAAUUACAUAGGCUCAGGUUUGGGACGAGAUGUCCCUCUGACGCGCAGAUGCGCCCGCGGUUUAACCCGUUCCAAACAAACCCAGGGACAGGCCUUGUGCAAAUCACACUGUAGCUGUGCAUCUGCAUUGUGCCUCAGUCUGGAACCAGGAUUAGUCUCUGGGAAUUAAAGGUCUGCGGUGUUGUUCUGAAGCUGGAAUAACGGAGCAGUGUGAACCGACUGCGCAGUUACAUCCUUCUGCGCCUUUCUCCUCCUCAGAGGAAUCCACGCUUAUUGGCCUCUUGAUGCGCAAAGGUCAACAUCAGCAUCCUCGCUAGCUCAUCAUCCCUGCAUCCCCACAUCUCUCUCUCUCUCUCUCUCUCUCUCUCUCUCCCUCUCCUGUGGGUGCCAUGGGGAACCGAGGCAUGGAGGAGCUGAUCCCGCUGGUCAACCGUUUGCAGGACGCCUUCAGCAGCAUCGGGCAAAGCUGCAACCUCGACCUGCCGCAGAUCGCCGUGGUGGGAGGCCAGAGCGCCGGAAAGAGCUCCGUGCUGGAGAACUUCGUGGGAAAGGAUUUUCUUCCCCGAGGCUCUGGCAUCGUCACCCGCAGGCCUCUGGUGCUGCAGCUCAUCAGCUCUAACACAGAAUGGGCCGAGUUUCUUCACUGCAAAGGAAAGAAGUUCACAGAUUUUGAUGAAGUGCGUCAGGAGAUCGAGGCCGAGACGGACCGCGUGACUGGAGCCAAUAAGGGCAUAUCCCCAGUUCCUAUCAACCUGAGGGUGUUUUCUCCACAUGUGUUGAAUCUGACUCUGAUCGAUCUGCCGGGGAUCACCAAGGUGCCCGUGGGAGACCAGCCUCCAGACAUCGAGCAACAGAUCCGUGACAUGAUCAUGCAGUUCAUCAGCCGAGAGAGCUGCCUCAUCCUCGCCGUCACACCCGCUAACACCGACCUGGCCAACUCCGACGCCCUCAAACUGGCUAAAGACGUCGAUCCUCAGGGUCUGAGGACGAUUGGCGUGAUCACUAAACUGGACCUGAUGGAUGAAGGCACUGAUGCUCGAGAGGUUUUGGAGAACAAGCUGCUUCCUCUGCGGAGGGGUUAUAUCGGGGUGGUGAACCGCAGUCAGAAGGACAUUGAAGGAAAGAAGGACAUUAAAGCAGCUCUGGCUGCAGAGAGGAAGUUCUUCCUGUCUCAUCCUGCAUACAGACACCUGGCUGACAGCAUGGGAACACCUCAUCUGCAGAAAACCCUCAACCAGCAACUGACCAAUCACAUUCGGGACACGCUGCCUGCUUUUCGGAGUAAACUUCAAUCUCAGCUUCUGGCUCUGGACAAGGAGGCUGAGGAAUAUCGCCACUUCAGACCUGACGAUCCGUCGCGCAAGACUAAAGCCCUGCUGCAAAUGGUGCAGCAGUUUGCAGUGGACUUUGAGAAGCGGAUUGAGGGAUCAGGUGAUCAGGUGGACACUGUUGAGCUGUCAGGAGGAGCCAAGAUCAACCGCAUCUUCCACGAACGCUUCCCUUUUGAACUGGUCAAGAUGGAGUGUGAUGACAAGGAGAUGCGCCGGGAGAUCAGCUACGCUAUCAAAAACAUCCAUGGCAUCAGGACGGGCCUGUUCACUCCAGACAUGGCGUUCGAGGCGAUAGUAAAGAAACAGAUAGUGAAGCUGAAGGAACCCUGCAUUAAAUGUAUUGACCUGGUCAUUCAGGAGCUCAUCAACACAGUGCGUCAGUGUGCUAAUAAGCUCGGUACGUUCCCCAUGCUGAGGGAGGAGACGGAGCGAAUCGUCACUUCACACAUUCGCGAGCGUGAGAGCCGGGCCAAAGAGCAGAUUCUGCUGCUCAUCGAAGUACAGCUCGCAUACAUCAACACCAACCAUGAGGAUUUCAUUGGAUUUGCCAAUGCACAACAGCGCAGCAGCCAAGCAAACAAGACGAGUUCUGCCGGAAACCAGGUCAUUCGCAAAGGAUGGCUGACCAUCAACAACAUCAGCAUCAUGAAAGGAGGAGCUAAGGAGUACUGGUUUGUGCUGACGGCUGAGAGCUUGUCCUGGUUCAAGGAUGAUGAGGAGAAAGAGAAGAAGUACAUGCUGCCCCUGGACAACCUGAAAGUCAGGGAUGUGGAAAAAGGCUUCAUGUCCAGCAAGCACAUGUUCGCCAUUUUCAAUACAGAGCAGCGAAACGUCUUCAAGGACAAUCGCUUCCUAGAGCUAGCAUGCAACACGCAGGAAGAGGUGGACAGCUGGAGAGCAUCCCUGCUCCGCGCUGGUGUUUACCCAGAGAAAUCUUCGGUGGAGAGUGAGAGCUCUGGUACCACGGAGAACUUCUCCAUGGAUCCUCAGCUGGAGAGAAAGGUGGAGACCAUCCGAAACCUGGUGGACUCCUACAUGGCUAUCGUCAACAAGUGCAUCCGGGACCUCAUGCCCAAGACCAUCAUGCACCUUAUGAUCAAUAAUGUGAAGGACUUCAUCAAUGCAGAGCUGCUGGCUCAGCUGUACUCGGCUGGGGACCAGAACACACUGAUGGACGAGUCUCAGGAGCAGGUGCAGCGCAGGGAAGAGGUGUUGCGGACCCACCACGCGCUGAAGGAGGCGCUAGCCAUCAUUGGAGACAUCUCCACCACUACCAUCUCCACCCCUCUGCCUCCUCCUGUGGACAGCUCCUGGCUUCAGGCUGGUCCUGGCGGCUCUCGCAGGUCUCCCCCUCCAAGCCCCACUGCCCCACGCAGAAUGUCCGCAGGUCAGAGGCCAGCAGGCCGGGGUGCUCCUCCUCCUCCGUCACGCCCAGGGCCUCUUGGGCCCUUUAACAACAGCGGUGAUAGUCCACAGGUGCCCAACCGCCCAAACCGCGCUCCUCCCAGCAUUCCCAGCCGCCGACCCCCACCUUCCCCUACCAGACAGGUCCCGUAAGCUACCCAGCGGGAUCCCCUCCUCCUGGACCAAGCACUCACACACUCCUCAGCUCUUACGUCUCAUAACCCUCUGAUCCCUGAGCUUCAGCUCCUGCAUGUCCCAGUCUUUAUCUUCACUGCUCCUAAAUCAUUCCUAGACUCACCUUGUGUGUGCACAUUCCCCUGCAGUGCUAGUGUCCAUGUUAGCCAUGCUCGUUUCGUGCCGUGUCUCUGUGCCUGUGAUCUGGAUUGGCCAAGCAGGACUCAGGGCGAGUCCUACCAACAAUAAUACCCACAGUCUUUUUAGCUUCACUUCUCUAGUCUGUGAAAUCCAUCGUGACCAUGCCGCGCUCGCGGAUCUCCGAUCAGAGCAGCGAGGCUCCUCGUAGUGCAUGUUCCGUUUUUAAGAGUAUAUUUUUAUGCGUGUGUGUGCGCUCAGGUGUGUGCAGGUCUUGCUACCUUGCUACGUGAAUAAUAUUUUUAGUGAGAGUAUGUGUGUAUGCGUGCUUACAUCACAGUCUCCCCCGAAUGAAAAAAGUCAAUGAGUAAAAUAGUGUGUGUGUCUGAGUUGGAGUUAAGACCAGUCUUGUGAAUACACAGUCCAAGACCUUGUUGUCUAAAACAAAUGUUUUUCAUUAACCUGAAAGAAAAAUUAAUUUUAUGAUAACGUCUAACUGACAGGUCGACUUGCAAUAUUCUUUAUUUGAUUAAUUAUGUGAUUAAUUAAGUAAGUUCUAGGUCUUAGGUCUAAUCUUGUAUCAGUGGUUAGAAAGUUAAGGCUGGGGAUAAAAAUGUUACUAAUCUACAAUUUCUGCAGGAGUGCCUUUGAGCACUAUUAAAAAAUAAUUAGCAAAAUGUUUUUGUAAAAUGUGUAGCUUGCUGUAAUUAUCCAUCUUGCAGCUAUUCAUUGGUUGUUAAGGAUUACAUAUGGACACAAAUGGGUGACAAGUUAAAGGAAAAACCUGAACACAUGAGUGAAGAAUCAUAACGGGUGCAGAGGUUUCCAACAAUUAAAUAUCAUGGUACAAUUAACUUCCUACCCUGUUCUGUGGCAUGGAUAAAAAUGCCGAGUAUGCCCAUUUGAUUUUAUUUUUGGAUCAAGAAGAGUCAAGAGGAAUUUUGAAUCAAGAGGAAAAGUCACUUUGAAAGAAGGCACAGACUCACAACAGACUCAGGAACAGUGAUGUCAAGUGCCGGUAGGGACCAAUCCUCAGGGGCUCCAAGGGCUCACUGAAUGGUUAAUGAGGAAGAAAGUUAUGUCCAUCAUAUGCUAUGACCUUUAUAGUAACCACAUCUCAACCCUAACGAACACCUAUGAGAGAUUUGAGGGUAGUGUUCGACAGAGCUCUCCACGACCAUCAUCAAAAAUGAGGAAGUAUCUCUUGUUAUUACAAUGUUCGUCUCUCCAGUUCAAUUCUACAGACUUGUAGAACCAAUGCCAUGGUGCACUGAAGCUGUUCUGGCAGCUCAUGGUGGCCCAACACUUUACUAAGACACUCUGUGUUGGUUUUUCCUUUCAUUUGCUUUCCAUCUGUAUAUGAUUGGUUACACUCUAAUUCAUGUUGUUAGAUGGAUGUAGUGGGACUGUUUGAUAAGUAGUGAGAUCAGCAUCCAGACCAAGAUUUGGAAUAUAGAGUCCACGAUCCAGGCAAAGAAUCUGAGUAAUGAUACCAAAGAACCAGACCAAGAUUCAAAGUAUCAAGACUAUAAGUAAUGUCACCUAUCCAGACAGACAUCCAGGUCAAAAUUCUGAGUAAUGAGACUGAGACCCAAACCAAAAUUCGAUAUAAUGAGACAAGCAUCAAGACCAGGAUUCAAAAUAAUGAAACAGAGAAAGUUGAGAAGUGAGAAGACCAAACUACAGACCAAAAUUCAGAGUAAUGAGACCAAGAUUGAGACCAACAAGCUGGGUAAGGAGACAGAGAUCCAGACCAGUACUGACCAAGACUCAGAUCAAAAUUCAGAGACAUAAGACUGAGAUCCGGAUAAAGAUUUGGUGUAAUGAGACCAAAAUCCAGACCAAAACUGAGAGUAAAGAUACCGAGAUCCAGACCAAAAUUCAGAGUAAUGAGUCGAGCAUCCAUACCAAGAUUCUGAGUAAUGAAGCUGAGACCCAGACCAAAAUUCUGAGCAAAGAUCCAAAGAGUGACUAAUAAUAAUAAAAAAUCAGGCAAAGACUUUGUUUAUGUCUGAUCAAGACCACAAGAUCUCAACUCCAGCUCUGGUGUGUACGCGUUCUGUGCGUUGAUUCAUGGUGCACAUGCUUUGUUUGAUGGUAUGUCAGUAUCAGUAUGGCAGUGUGUUUGUUCAUGUGUUUUUGCUGUCAAUGAUCGGCACUACCGCUGAUGUUGAAACCAGGCCCUUACCUCAUCUAGUCGUUAUUCUGUCUAUGUGCCUGUGUCGUCGAAGCAGCCCUGUCUACAGGCAGGCUGAUUAGCAAAUCCUGGGACAUACUUAACCUUCCAACUGAACACACAAACUUAACAAUUCUCAUGCAUACACUUCAUAGCAUAACAGUGAACAUCACAAGAGCUUAAUAAAAUACACUAUCCUCUCUGCUAUACAGUAACUGUGCAAUGUGGCAAUGUGUGUUUGUUACUUAAAAGUAAUAAUAGUGAUUUUUUUUUUAUUAGACGUUGGAUAGGUAAUUAAUUCCGAACAGACUGCCAUAAAGUCUUCUGGAUGGAUAUACAGGAAGUGAAUGAAUGUUACUUAUGUUCGGAUGUUCUUUAACGAAGAUGUUUGAAUGUCGUCAGUGAAAUUCUUAACAUCGUGUCAAAUAUUCACCUGUUUUUCAGCAUCUUAUCUGUUCGAAAUCUGCAUUCAUUCCACAGUGGCACCUCCAGACUUUCAUUAUAUAAGAUGAAAAAAAGGGAUCAAUAAAACGUGUACUAGAAGUUAAAUUAGAUUUGUACUCGUUUCAGUGGGCAGUUGAUGUGUUGUUUCUGUGGGUCUCUGUCCAUUUAGUGUACUGCCGAGUCAAGCGGGUGAUUUUGUUUGUACUUGAAAUCUGUUUUGUUCUUAUCGUCUCUUACUGUAUCUCAGAAUACUGAUUCAUACUACUAUAAUGGCAUGAAUAAAUCUGUAUUGCCAAAGCUAGUCAUAGAAUCAAUCUAUAUACAAUAUGCAACAGAACGUUACAGUGUUACAUACACAUACACACAUGCAUACAUAUAUAUACAUAUAUAUAAAGAAAUAAUAUUGUUCACUGGAGGAAAUCAAGACACUUGCCUCCGUUUUGUAAAUGUGGUUCUUUUGAGGGAUAUGUAAACUGUAUUAGUGAUUAUAUUCCUUAUGUAAUUCAAUAAAACGUGUUGAAGACCGUUA